ACGACUUCUGCGACUUCUGCCUGGGUUCGCAACUUUUGCCUCAAUGGGUAGUGCUUACGGAACAGCGUCUUUCCGCGCAGCGAUUCGUCCGUCAGCUACCUGAUCAUCGCACUAUGUGAUUCAACCGAGGCAGCAUGUCGUCACGAGCGGUGAGACGCCACGAUGCGAGCUUUCGAGCGUUACUACCACCGUCACGUACGCGCAGGCUAGAUCAAGCAGUCUUGGGUGCCAUUGGAAAACUCAUAUACAGCUCUUCGGACCUACUACGUGACUGCAAUGAAACAUGCCCACCAUGGAGAUCACACCCAUCAAUGCCGUUCUAGUGACACUGUCCGAGUCGGCUGUCGCAUUCUAUCUGUUUCCUAGCAUAUUUCCCGCCGGUAGCUUGACUUCCUUCAUCCUCCGUUUCUCGCUUUUGAACUUCACUAUCUACUCCAUCUACAAACUCAUCAUCUACCCUUUCUUCCUAAGUCCCCUCCGCCACCUGCCCCGCGCCCGCGGCGCGAAGCCUCUCCUCGGCCAUGGAAUGCUCAUGUUCGACCGCCCGGCCGGCGAAGCCAAUCUCAGGAUGAUGAAGGAAACGCCCAACGACGGCAUCAUCCACACGACAGGCUUCCUGCACACGGACAGACUUCUCCUGACGAGUCCCGCCGCCCUAGCCGACGUGCUCGUGCACCGGAGCUACGACUUUGAGAAGCCGUCCUGGGCGCGGAAUUUCCUGAAGAAGUUUCUGGGCGACGGAUUGUUGAUGACGGAGGGGGACGAGCAUAAACAUCAUCGGAAGCAGAUUAUGCCUGCUUUCCACUUCCGGCAUAUCAAGGAGCUGUAUCCUGUGUUUUGGGCAAAGUCGAUGGAGUUCUGCGGUGCGGUUGGGAAGGCGCUGGGAGAGGAUCCGGAGACGGUGGUUGAGAUUGGGCAUUUUUCUACGCAGGUUACGCUUGAUAUUAUUGGGCUUGCGGGACUGGGGAGGGAUAUCGGAUCGUUGCGGAACAGCGAGGAUGAGCUGAUUGCGAACUAUGAGGAGAUACUCGAGCCGACGCCGGAGAAAGCGGCGUAUUUUGCGCUUCAUAUUUUGUUUCCGCCGUGGCUUAUUGCUAUGCUGCCGUGGAAACUGAAUGAGCGGACGCGUAUUACUACGGGGAAUUUGAAGAGGAUCUGCGCCGAGUUUGUGAGGGAGAAGAAAGCUAGGAUGAAGCAUGAGACGACCGAGGAGUUGGAUAUUCUAUCUAUCAUGCUGCGAAGCAACGACUUCUCCGACGAGAACCUAGUAGACCAACUCCUCACAUUCCUAGCCGCAGGCCACGAAACAACCUCCUCAGCCCUAACAUGGGCAACCUACCUCCUCUCCACCCACCCGGACAUCCAAACGCACCUGCGCUCAGAAAUCCACGCCCACAUCCCCACCCCAUCCCACCUCUCAAACCCCACAACCGACAUCGCCUCCCUCCUAGAAUCACUCCCCUUCCUAAACGGCGUCUGCAACGAAGUCCUCCGCCUCUACCCAACCAUCCCCUCAACCGCCCGCCUCGCAAUCCGCAACACCACUAUCGCGGGGCACUUCGUCCCAGCAGGCACGAUAUCCUUCGUCGUGCCCUGGGCCACGAACCGCAACCCCGCCCUCUGGGGCCCGGACGCAGAGUCCUUCGUGCCUGAGCGCUGGAUCGAUGGGAUGACGGGCCGCGCGACUAUGCACGGGGGUGCGGAGAGUAAUUAUGCGUUUUUGACGUUCUUGCAUGGGCCGAGGAGUUGUAUUGGUGAGCGGUUUGCGCGCGCAGAGAUGAGGGCCCUUGUUGCGGCGUUUGUGGGGGGGUUUGAGAUGAGGAUGGCGGAUCCGGAGGAGAGGGUUUUGGUCGGGGGCACGAUUACGAGUAAGCCUGUUAAUGGGAUGAAAUUGAGGUUGAAGCCUGUGGCGUGGGGGGUGUGAGGUGAGAUCUGGUUUGCUGGGCGGGGAUGUGGUGUGUUGUUUUGUUGGGGUUUGUAGUAUCGAGGGAUUGGCUGACUGGUUGGCCGACUGACUGGAGACUGAUAUUGUUGUUUAUCGUACGUGGCGAGUGGUUCCAAUUCACAUGAACUCGAAGAUAAUCGAUCAUGCAUACGUUCCGUCAUACACCGGAGUAGCUAUCCCAGCUCAUAUAUAUUCUCGUUUCACAUUCUGGCAAAGACCAACGCCUCGCAAAGAAACAAUGUAUACUUUCCAAUAUCAUGCCAUCAAGUGAUUCGAUGCACCGAAAACAGAUGACCAAGAAACACUCUCGAACCAAACAUAACGAAUAACACCGCGAUAUUCCAGUUAAUCCCGC